GUUCUGGCGGGAGGCGCGGUGGCGGCGCCGGCCCCCGGCGCUGAGUCCGGCGGCGGCGGGCAGGAACUGGCGCUGCCGCCCUGUAAGGCGGCCCGGCUGCGACGAGGCUACGCGCUGGCCGCGCCCUCUGCCCCGCUGCGGGGGCAGCCGGGCGGGCCGGGGAGAGGGAGCGGCGCACACCGAGCUCGGCAGGCGGCUGUGGGGAGCGGAGCCCUGUCCCGGCCGCCGCGGGAGGCCAGAGGGAGACGGGGGCCCAGCGAGGAGGGCGAGGAUAAAUGGGGGUGUAUGACUUUUCCCCUGAUCUAAAGUGGUUCCAUGUCUUGUUUGGACUGCUCCUGUAUUCUGCGCACACCAGUUGAAUCAAUCAGACCAGAAGAGCUAUCUCAGAGCAGCAUCCAUGAAUGCCUGGCUGAUUCUGAUCUAGCCUGGAUUCCCCCAUCUACAGGAAAGAAUGAAAUGGUAUUUUGCUCUUCUAAUGUCUCUCACUAUGAACUCCAGCUGGAAAUAGGAAGGAGGUUCAACAAUUUAACUUCAGUCUACCUUGCACGGCAUACACCUACAGACAGGCAAGUUGCUGUAAGGAUCACAGACCUUGAAAAUUGCUCUGAAGAGCACUUGAAAGCCUUACAGAAUGAGGUGGUUUCAUCACACUUUUUCCAGCACCCCAACAUAAUGACAUUUUGGACAGUGUUUACAGCUGGAAGCUGGCUUUGGGUCAUCUCUCCAUUCAUGGCCUAUGGUUCAGCUAGACACCUGCUGAAGACUUACUUUCCUGAAGGAAUGAGUGAAGCUUUGAUAGGGAACAUUCUGUUUGGUGCAAUCAGAGGAUUAAAUUACAUGCACCAGAAUGGAUAUAUUCACAGGAAUAUUAAAGCUAGCCACAUUCUGAUUUCAGAGGAUGGGUUGGUUUCUCUCUCUGGCCUAAACAACCUCUACAGUUUAGUUAGCAAUGGACAGAAGUCAAAGGUGGUGUAUGAUUUCCCCCAGUUUAGUACAUCUGUGCUUCCUUGGCUGAGUCCUGAACUACUGAGACAGGAUUUGUCUGGCUAUAACAUGAAGUCUGACAUUUACAGUGUGGGAAUUACAGCAUGUGAAUUAGCCAACGGACAUGUUCCAUUUCAAGAUAUGCCUCGCACUCAGAUGCUGCUGCAAAAGCUGAAAGGUCCCACCUACUGUCCUUGGGAUAUAAAUGCCUUUCCCCGGGGGGAAUCCAGGAUGAAGAAUUCCCGAUCAGGUGUUGAUUCUGGAAUUGGUGAGAGCAUGACACGCACAAUGACCAGUGAAAGACUUCAAAUGCCCUUUUCCAAAACAUUUUCACCUGCUUUCCACAACUUGGUAGAACUUUGCUUGCAACAGGACCCUGAGAAAAGGCCAUCAGCAAGCAGUUUGCUUUCGCAUACGUUCUUCAAACAGGUAAAGGAACAAACACAGAAUUCACUACUGUCCCUAUUACCACCUCCUAUUCAAAAUAACAGAUCAGAGUUCUUGGCACUGCCCUCAACAGCAGUUGGGACUGAACUUGGACGUACUGCUACAAAUCAAUAUGAUACAGACUGGGAAUUCUAAAUAAAUACCAGUGAUACCUCUCCAGUGUUUCAGACAAGGAAAAUGUGAUUUGUAUUUGCUGCUUUUGUAUGAUUAAAACACAGUUAGACCAAGUUAUACUUGAAACGCUAUGAAGUUGGCUAUAAUUCAUUAACUUCCUCUUGGCAUCACAAAAUGCAGCAUGCCUCACUCUCUGACUGUAAGGAAAACUGUGUAUAAAGGAUGGCUGAGUGCUCACCUCUCUCUUUCAAAGUCUUCCUUAACAAGAGAGUCUCUGCUGUAAUCUUACUCUGUACUGUAUUAUCAGCUCAGAGUGCUGCAGUCCACAUGCCUUUCUGAAUUCAGGCCUGGGGUUUGGCUGUGAUCUUACCUAAACUAUUUGUCUUUUCAUUAUGACCCAAAUCAUUUUAGUAAGGAGAAAUCCUCCACUUCCAAGAUGAAAUGUGAAACUGCACAGAUUACUUGCUUAUGUAAAUAAAUGUUUCUCUCUCAAAAGACAUUUUUUUCACUUGA